UAGAACACUCAUUGCAGCGAGCCGCCAUGUUAAUUUUAGCCAGGGAAGCGCGAGUAGCGGCCAGUAUCAUCGGCUGGACUUGGUAAACAAGCAAGAAAAUGUCGCGGGUCUACGAAGAUGUCGACCCGGGCUUCGCGGCGACCUGCAGCGACAUCACCCUUUACUCCAAAACCAAAGGGUUCUUCAAGAACUUUGCUGAAGACAUCGUGUCCAUCGCCGAGAAUGACAACUGGCUGGACAGCUUCGAAAAAGUCGAGGAUGGGAAGAAGGUCGCAGCCGUCAUGGAGAACAAGGAGAUCAUGGAAGCCCUCCAAGAAGUGUUUUCCCGGAUCGAGCCCAUCCAUCGCGGUAAAGACGCGCGAGUGUCGUAUGAGCGCCGUGUAGCUGGCCAGGCCGCUCUGAAGGAAGGGGACUUGAUGAAGGCCCUGUCUCUUGCCAGCCAAGCUGUGCUGCGUGCUCCGAUGACAGGCACCGAAGAAGUCAUUGAUGGAGGAGUAUCCUUGGCGCUAGCACUUUGGCUGCGAUCCGAGGUAUUACUUCAGGCAGACCGGCCACGAGCAGCGUUGGAGGACCUAAAGCUGGCUCUGAAGGAACGACUGCCUGCUAAGAUGCGCGCUCAAUAUUAUUGGCGCAUGGGGCAUUGCUAUCGAGGUGCAGGAGAACCGAGCAGAGCUAAAGUGUCCUAUGAGCUGGCAGGGAGAGAGAGACUUCUAGCAAAUGACGAGACAGCCAAAUCACAAUUGGCUAAGGACAUAGGAGCACUGGACUACACGGCUCAGCCACGUCACCCGCCAGAUAAGCCGAAAAUCUCCGUAGCCGGCGGAGCGAAGCAAAAUAUGCCUGCCCUGUCUAAACUCCUGAAGAUAACAGAAGAACAAAAUAAGGGCCGCUACGCCGUAGCCAGCGCCCCCAUCAAGACCGGGGACAUACUCCUGGUUGACAGCCCUUACGCCGCGUGCCUGCACCCCGACAACUACGGGACACAUUGCUUGCACUGCUUUAAAAGGUUAGAAGACUGCGAGGACGAAGCCCCAGUGUGGUGCCCCAAAUGUUCUGCAGUCGUGUUCUGCAGUACCAACUGUAGAGACACUGCCGUGUCCACGUACCACUCAUAUGAGUGCCAGUUCCUUGAUCUUUUUAUAGGAUCUGGAAUGUCAAUGCUCAGCCAGAUAGCUCUAAGAAUUGUCACCCAAGCUGGACUCCAUGCGACCCUGUCGAUACACUCCAAAUAUUUGACCAACGAAGUAAAAACCGUAGACAGCACAGUCCUAAACGAUAUCGAAGGCGUAGCGAAAAAGUCUAAAAUGAAAAGCAGAAAAGAAAGACUAAAUAGAAGCAAGAAAGGCCUAAAAAUAUUCACAGAAAAGACAAAAGAAGAAGAAACAGAAACGAAGGUCGACGAAAAGAUGAACUAUGAAGAAAAAUUAGAGUUAAAAGCCGCACAAUUUUAUUCUUUAUGUGCACACUCGGAACAAAGGAGGGGAGGGGAUUAUCUUAAAAGGAUUGUCAUGGCGAUGUUUCUCGGGGAAUGUUUAAAGAAAGCAGGUUUCUUUAAAAAAUGCGAACCAGAAAAUCUUGCGAAAGCUGAGACGUGUAUUUGCGAGAUGAUAAUCCGCAACAUGCAAAUCCUUCAGUUCAACGCGCACGAGAUCUACGAAACAAUUAGAGGCGAGCAUUCAUUCAGCGGGUCCAAGCCCGUGUACAUCGCUGUAGGGAUUUACCCGACUGGAGCUCUAUUCAAUCACGAGUGCUAUCCCGCUGUUGCCAGAUUUUUCGUCGGUGCUAAGAUCGUUCUGCAAGCGACCCGACCUCUAGCUGCAGGCGAAAUGGCCUCCGAAAACUACGGCCACCACUUCAUGAUGAGGAGUUUGAAGGAGAGACAGAGGGCUCUGGCCUGUCGCUACUGGUUCCGAUGCGAGUGCGUCGCGUGCAAGGAGGACUGGCCCACUUUGAAGCAGAUGAACAGUUCGGAAACGCCGAUCUACUUAAGGUAUGGACUCUUAGUUUCUCAGUUUGCAAGCAACCCGACCUCUAAGCUACAGUUUGAAGGAGAUGCAGAGAGCACUGGCCUGCCGUUGCAAGUGCGUCGCUUGCAAGGAGGGCUGGCCGACUUUGAAGCAGAUGAACAGUUCGGAAACGCCGGUCUACUUGAGUUUGCAAGCAACCCGACCUCUAGCUACAGGCGAGAUGGCCUCCGAAAACUAUGGCCUUCAUUUCAUGAUGAGGAGUUUGAAGGAGAGACAGAGGGCUCUGGCCUGUCGCUACUGGUUCCGAUGCGAGUGCGUCGCGUGCAAGGAGGACUGGCCCACUUUGAAGCAGAUGAACAGUUCGGAAACGCCGAUCUACUUAAGUUUGAAGGAGAUGCAGAGAGCACUGGCCUGCCGUUGCAAGUGCGUCGCUUGCAAGGAGGGCUGGCCGACUUUGAAGCAGAUGAACAGUUCGGAAACGCCGAUCUACUUAAGGUAUGGACUCUUAGUUUCUCAAUUUGCAAGCAACCCGACCUCAAGCUACAGGCGAGAUGGCCUCCGAAAACUACGGCCUCCACUUUCAUGAUGAGAAGUUUGAAGGAGAUGCAGAGAGCACUGGCCUGCCGUUGCAAGUGCGUCGCUUGCAAGGAGGACUGGCCCACUUUGAAGCAGAUGAACAGUUCGGAAACGCCGAUCUACUUAAGGUGCUUGAAUGCCGACUGCUCAGCUAAGUUCAGAGCAAGUCCUCAAAUGCCUAACAGGUGUAGCAAAUGUUCAACAAAUAUUGAGAGGGAAUUGGUCGAAAUCAACUUGGAGAACAUAAGCAAAUGCAUAAACCAGUAUCAGGAAGGGGCGAAGCUAAUGGAUGCUGAACGUAUUGAAGACGCCAUUACAACGCUGUGCGAAGCCGUCGACCAGUACCACGAGAUUGCUCACCCGCCCCAUCGCGACACGCAUAUCGCUCAAGAAGCUCUCAGAUCUUGCUUCGCGAGCUAUGGAAACGUUCACGUGGUACGAGACAAUAAUUUUAUCGAAGAAAAAGACAAGACUGCGAAAUGACUUCGUGUCUGCAUUUUUGUAUUUAUGCGGUUUCAAUGUAUGUGUAAAUUGUUUUUGCAAGAUUGCGUGAGAAUUUUAAUAAGACACUCUUUUGGCACCCUGACUCUGAAUUUGGGAAUAAAUUACAUGGGGAUGAUUGCGGAAUGAGAUAAACACAUUCCUUGAUAUUUUUUGUCACACAGCUUGUCGAUUUAUCCUAAAGUUUUUAAUUUAAAUUAGAAAAAAAUACACGUUGCAUACAUUGAAUUUUGCUGUCCUAUGUAGUUUUAGCGUUCUUUUGUUAUUAUGUCAGUCAAUGUUAUGUUGUUAUGACUUUGUUAAAUUAAUGUGAUGUGGUUGAAAUAAAAAACAGUUUUCAAUGCUAUUUUAAGCGAUUA